ACCGGCGACGACGCAGCGCGCCAGCGUGGCGGCACACGCCGCGACAUGCCGACGCCGACGCCGCCUCCGACGCCACCGCCGACGCACGUGCUCGCCGCCGCCCUAACGCUCUGCCUCGUGCUGCACGGUUCUUACGCCAGCUGGGACGAAUGGUGGACGUAUGACGGUAUAUCUGGUCCGAACUUCUGGGGUCGCAUCAACCCCCAGUGGUCGCUGUGCAACAAGGGGCGGAGGCAGUCGCCCAUCGACGUCGACCCGGAGAAGCUGCUGUUCGACCCCCUGCUGCGGCCUCUCCACAUCGACAAGCACAUCGUGAGCGGCACACUGCUGAACACCGGCCAGACGAUGGUGUUCCGCGUGGACAAGGACGCCAAGCACCACGUGAACAUAUCGGGCGGCCCGCUGGCCUACCGCUACCAGCUGGAGGAGAUGUACUUCCACUACGGCAUGGACAACAGCCACGGCUCCGAGCACAGUAUCCACGGAUACCACUUCCCCGGAGAGAUGCAGAUGUACGCCUUCAACGCGGAGCUGUACAAGAACAUGUCGGAGGCACAGCACAAGUCCCAAGGGAUCGUCGGGGUCGCCAUUAUGAUGCAGAUCAGAGAACCGCCAACGAACGAGUUGAGGCUCAUCAGCAGCAACUUCCAAAGGGUAAAGUUUAAAGGGCAGAUGACGCCCAUCAAGCACCUGUCGCUCCACCACCUGCUGCCCGACACGGACCACUACAUGACGUACGAGGGCUCGACGACCCACCCCGGCUGCUGGGAGACCACCGUCUGGAUCAUCCUCAACAAACCCAUCUACAUCUCCAGGCAAGAGAUGUACUCGCUGCGGCUGCUGAUGCAGGGACCACAGGAGGAGCAGAAGGCGCCACUGGGGAACAACGUACGUCCUCCCCAGCACCUGCAUCACCGCACCGUCAGGACCAACAUCGACUUCUUCCGCGCAUCACACCACAAGGGCAAGAAGUGUCCCACCAUGCGGCGAGACAUGUACUACAGAGCCAAUACGUGGGAGGACCAUGAACCGAGCAACCUAUCGUGAAGAGGAGAAAUCCAGCCAAUGGCGUGAUUCACGGUGCUGUAUAGGAACGGCGUCGGCGGUCAUUGUGCGGAAGAGAAGAGGUGCCUGUCAAUUAGU